AUGAAUAACGAUAUUGAUGGCGAGGUUCAUAAAUUAAGGGAACAGUUAAGUAAAUGGCCAUAUGAUUCUAAUGACCAUGACAAGUUAAUUGAUAUUUUGAGAGUAGACAGAAAGCGACAGACACAAGACUUACAUGAAGCUAGACAAAAUAAGGCACAAUAUUUUUCACUAUCAACGAAGGACAUAGUAAAUUGGCUAGAAGAUUUACAAGCUAUUGAGGAUAACAAUCUUCGAAUUAAGAGUGUCCUUGAAUUUUAUAGAAUAGUGAUUCAUGAUUAUCCUACUGCGCAAUAUUGGGGGAGAUGUCUUGAUUUUGUAUUGAACAACUAUAACGAUACUCAAAAUAUUAUUAGCGAACAGAUCAUAAAAGAAUUGUUUAAGGAAGCAUUGAAUGAUACAGUGCAUGAUUUCAAGAAUAGUAAAGAAAUAUGGGAGAUUGUACUUACGUUCUUUAACAAUGCACUCGAUAUUUCUGGCAAUGAGGCCGAUUUUGAUACAUUAUUAAAGUUGCAUUUGAAACGUAUCUCUUAUCCUCACGAAAGUAUAAGAGAAUCAUUUUCUCAGCUAUCAGGCCUUAUUUCCAAGUAUGAUUCAAAAAAGUAUGAACAACAUAUGUUAGCUGCAAACAAAGUAUUUUCAAAGACUCUCAAAGCCCAACGAUAUUAUGAAGAAUUUGAGAUUGGGAUUCUGAAGGAUCCAAAUGAUCUAAAACUUUGGAUUGACUACAUGGAGCUGGUGAAUAAAUAUGCAAAGGGGAUAGACGAAGUGUCGGUUUUAUUUUACAGAGCGAUAACUUCAGAUGGAAAAAGGACGGUUGACGACCCACGAUGGAUAUCAAUUUGGCUAGCUUAUAUAUAUAUACUAUACCAAGAAGAAAUUGAUGUAAAGUCGAUUGCCCUUGAGCCUGUCUUAUUCAAAUUUGUUAGAUCCUAUUCUGGAUCAGCAGUCAGUUAUGCGGAGUAUAUUCGGAAUUGCCCUAUAUUUGAGAAUGGAAUUGAGCUCUUUAGUAAUAUGAAAAUGAGAGCUUUGCAAUUAGAUUUAAUGCAUUCGAAUAGCUACGAUGAUUGGAAGGUAUUGGCGUUGGCGAUCCUAUCAUAUGAAUUUUCUCUCGUUCACAGUGGGGAAAAUAUAGAUAUGAUAGCCGACCUUUAUACUGACGCUACUGAUUAUGUUGAUAUUGCAUUAGAAAACAAUAAUGAUGUAUUUCAUUCUGUUGAGAAGCUUGUGGUAUCGAUAUAUGAGACACUCGAUGAUCCAGAUAUGGCAAGAAAGGUUAUAAUGAAGUUAUUAGAGAAUUUUAAUGACCAAUGUGAGAUCUGGUUGUAUUCAUAUGAGUUUGAAAGGAGAAAUAAUUCUAGCUAUCAAAUAAUAUCGAAGCUACUUGAACGAGCUGUAGAUAAUUCGAAAGCAUUAGACUGGCCAGAGAGAAUUAUCCAAGAAUGGUUAAGCUUUGAACAAAUUCAAGGUAACAUCCACUCGUACGAAAGGGCAUUAAUUAAAAUUGACAAGGUAGUUCGGGAAAUGAGUUUGAAGCGUAUGCACAUACAAGAGGCAUUUGAAAGUGAAUCGACUGAUAAGAUCAAGAGAAAUAUUGACGACGAUGAAGGGGAAGAAGAUAGAUCAAACAAGCGACAAAGGCGUAAUUCAAUAAACGAGCCAACUAGAAAUAGAGAGGAGUACUCAGUUAAGAUAUCCAAUUUACCCCAAAAUAUAACAGAAGAGAAAUUGAAGAAAUUUUUCUAUGAUUGUGGAACCCCUAAGGAAAUUAAGUUAUUCCAGGAAGAUGGUAAGACACCCGAGGCAAUUAUAGAAUGGACAGAUAGUAAAGAAGUAUUUGCAUCUUUGACAAAGAAUAUGAAACUUAUUGAUGGUAAUGAACUAUCAGUUGUGAGAUUCCUUGAGAGCACCCUUUGGGUUAGCAACUUUCCGCCAAGCUUCUCACAUGAAAGAGUUAGAAAUAUAUUUGAACAAGUUGGGACCGUGGUCAGCAUCAGAUUUCCAUCCCUUAAACUGAAUCAAAGUCGCAGAUUUUGCUAUGUUGAAUAUGCCAGCCCUCAACUAGCUCAUUUAGCCAUACUGAAUUAUCAGGGUAAAGAAUUCGAAGAUGAAAUUUCGAAUAAGAAGUAUAGGCUUGUUGUAGAUAUAUCCAAACCAAAUUCCAAAAAAUCUAAAACAAAUACUGCAAUCACCGAGAGAGAGAUAUAUAUUCAAAAUCUAAAUUUCAAAUCCACUACAGAGUCUGAUCUAGAAGCUCUAUUCCAAACUAUUGGAACCAUUGAUAGUGUCAAGGUUCCUUUGAAUGAAAAAAUGAAAAAUCAGGGGAACAUUAAUAAUGGCUAUGCAUUUGUAGUAUUCAAAUCGGAGGUGGCUGCUAAAAAUGCCUUGCAAUUAAAUGGAACUACUUUACACGACAGAAAAAUCCUGAUCUCACAAUCACAAGAGAAGAAGAAUAAUAAGCCAAAAAAAGAUCCUGCCGGCAUAUCUAAUCAAUUCGAAGAAUUGAGUACUAUUAGUAUAUUCAAUGUAAGUGAUACUGUAAACCGCGAUCAAAUGACGGCGUUUCUUACUAAACGAGUUGGCCCAGUUCGUCACGUUGAGGUAUUUCCAAAUCAAGAGGCAGCAUUGGCUGAAUUUGAGGUACCGUCCGAUGCUGGAAAGGCUUCUAUGAUUUUAACCUCUGAAGAGUUUGAAGGUAAAUUACUUCAUGUUGGACUGAAGAGUGAUCUCAAUAGAACAUUGCAUGGGACAAAAAACGUAACAACAAAAAAGCCAAAAUUAAUGGUGCCACCCACAUUACAACGUAGAGUACGAAGAAAAUGA